AUGUUGCCCAAGCUUUUUGGGGUGUCGACCAUCGCAGCAGGUCUCGUUUACCUCGCAGCCAGUGAGCCCAUUCGCCAUUCUAUUCCUGAUCGUGUCAAACUCAGUCCACAUGCUGCCACAUGCACUCCCAACGCAGGUGGCUCGCCCACUAUAGACGAUGUUCCGGCCAUCGACCAGCUCUCUUUCGCCGGCUGUAGUGGAUGCACCUUCAAAAUAUUGGGCGAGCUCUCUGUGUCGACGGACUUCAAUUACUGGAACGGCAAGGGUGAAAUCAUCCACCUGCAGGGCAUCACAGGUGCAAGGAUCACCGGAUCAGGGAUGAUUAAUGGUAAUGGCCAGGCAAGCUGGGAUUACUUCGCUAGCAACUCCUCCUACAAGCGCCCAUACUUGAUCCGGGUGGAUGACUCUAGCAACAUCCAGAUGAGCAGAAUUACUCUCAAGGAUGCGCCUAUGUUUCAUGUUGUGACCAGUGGCAACUCUAAAAAUGUUGUUUAUUCUGAUAUGAACCUCUACUCCGUAAGUAAUUCGUCCAAUGUCGCUCAUAACACAGACGGCUUCGACAUCGGCCCGGCCUCGUAUGUCACAGUUCAAAACACGCAAAUCACCAAUAAUGAUGACUGUGUUGUUCUCAAGCCUGGUGCUAGUUAUGUGACUGCCACUGGCAUAACCUGCGUUGGUUCACACGGCCUCUCCGUUGGCAGCUUAGCAGGAGGCGCGAACUCAGAUGACAUCGUAACAAACAGCAUCUUUAAGAACUGCACUAUGAGCGGUUCAACAAAAGCAGCAGGUAUCAAGUACUACCCCGGCGGAACGACGCACGGCACUGGAAUCGUCUCCAAUGUCACUUGGGAGGACAUCUUCUGCGACUCGUGCAACUACGCCAUCCAGAUUGAAACUUGUUACUCGUCAAACUCGACGUACUGCGCACAGUACCCAUCGACGGGGCAGAUUAGUGAUGUUGUCUUCUCUGGAUUUUCUGGCACCACAUCUGGCCACUACAAAGACGUCGUGGCUAAUAUCGACUGCUCCUCAGCCGGGACGUGUGGGAUGGUGAUUGGGGACUUCAGUGUCGUGGCGCCUGAUGAGGCAAGCAAGGUCCUCUGUACUAAUACCCCGAGCGAUCUCGGUGUCACUUGCACUGCGGGUGCUUCUGGAUAG